GCUCGUCAUUAUCAAUAUCAUCAUCAAUGUGUUGCUUCCUAGAGGCCUCCUAGGUAGGGUCCGAAGUGGCGAUCCUUCUGUAUUUAAUAGGUACUGAGUGUGUCUCUUUUAAAAAGGAGACGCAACAUCUCAGGAUUUCGGAAGGGGCACAUUGACAAAAGAAUGGGUAUGGAUAAGUGGUGCUGCAGGGUAUUUCAGUGAGGCAACUGCAAUGACAGGACUCGGUGCGGAGCAUCUUUUAUGCCUCAGGGGAAAGCAGCUAGUCUUCUCAGCGUCCGUGUUCAUUCUAGCAACCAUCAGCUGCUUUAUCAUCGGCAUUGUCUUCCUAAAUGUCGAGCAGCCAUCUUCCGUAUAUGAGUACAUUAGUUCAGCAGCGUACGCACCAUCAACAUGGCGGCCUGCUCUGGUGCCGACAGAUGCAUCACCAAAGCUCAUCCUCAUAUAUUCAGAUUGGUAUGGACGCGACAUUGUAUUCCCUGGCUUUGGUUUUGAGCAUUGCAGCGAGAGAAAUUGUAUUCUGAGCACAGAUGUUGAGGCAGACUUCAACCGCAGUGAUGCGGUCUGGUUUCAUUCUGGGUGGAAGCUGGACAUGUUACCACCUUAUCCACGGCCCAGUCCGGCGCAGAUCUGGAUCAACAGCGAGGUUGAGGCUCUUGUACUCUCCUACUUUGCGGACCAAUCAACUCCGCUAGAAAUCGAUGGGAUCUUCAACUGGUCCAUGACAUAUGAUAGAGACUCCGAUAUUUGGAUGCCUUAUGGAAAUUCGAGGGAGUUCACGAUGCAUGACCUCCGAUACCCUUACGUCACAUGGGACCAGAAAAUAGAUAGAAUAGUGAGAAGCAAGUCAUUAGACAGGCUGGUCGUUUGGCACAUAUCGUCUUGUCCAAGGCCGAGCCGCAGGGAAGCUUAUGUGACGGAUAUGAUGCGGUACAUACCAGUACAUAUAGAGGGGAAGUGUGCGCUGUUCGAGAACGCGACCAAGCCCAGCGCUGAACCCAGCAGCUACAUGUUUUACCUCGCGUUUGAGAACUCUUUCUGCAAGGACUACAUAACCGAAAAGUUUUGGAAGACCGCGCUCCAAAAAGGUGUCAUUCCGGUGGCUCGUGGCGGGUUGUCGAGGGCCGAUUAUGAAGCGGUGGCUCCCCCUGGGUCGUUCAUAUAUGCGGACGACUUUGCUGGGCCUCGGGAAUUAGCCACAUACUUGCUGGAGGUUGCUCACGACAAGGUAAAGUAUGCCGCUUACUUCCAGUGGUACAAGACACAUACCUUGACAUACGACGACCCCGAUUGGUGGGGUCAAUCAAAAGAGCUUGAGAGUAGUCCUUUCUGCACAAUCUGCGAGAAGUUGAACAAGCCACAUAAGUCGAAGACGACCAAUUUUACAUCUUUUGUGCAAGGCAAGUGUCGUUUACCCCGACCUUGGACGGCCUGAAAGAGUAUCAAAGUAGCAGAGAUUGACUGCCAGAGACGCACCAAUUUGAAACGUGCCACCAAGAUGCAACACGGGUUGAGGGAUCAGAACGAUCUGAAGACUGUGCUGUGCGAUCAUGUGAUACAUCCAGAUGACCGUCUUUUGUCUGAGCAACAAAUUCAGGAG